AUGUCCAAGUUCAUCACCCGCUUGGGCCCUGUCGACUUCAGGUAUGGCGGCCAACACGAACUGAUCCACUCGCUCAAGUUAAUCCACACUGCGUCGUUUGAAAUUGCAAACUUCCCAGAAUACUUGAGUGUGGGUUACGUUGACGGCGUUCCCAUUUCACACUACGACAGCAUAAGCAGGAAAUGGGUUGCCAAACAGGAGUGGAUGAAGAAAAUCACAGCCGAGGAGCCACGCUACUGGGAGAGACAGACACGGAUCAAUAUUGAUAAUCAGCAGACCAGCAAAGAUAAUAUUAAAACUCUUCAACAGCGCUUCAACCAAACGGGAGGUCUUCACAUGAUCCAGCACAUGUCUGGCUGCCAGUGGGACAAUGAGACCGACCAGGUGGAUGGUUGGUUUCACAUGAGUUACAACGGUGAAGACUUCAUAUGGUUUGAUUGGAAGGGACUGAGAUGGAUCGCCUUCCAGUCGCAAGCUAUUAUCACCAAAAACAAGUGGGACCGAGAAGAGGGCUAUAAUGAAUUCUUGAAGUUCUACAUGACUGAGGAAUGUCCUUCUUACCUGAAGAAGUUCGUGAGCUAUGGGAGGGACGUCCUGAUGAGAACAGAGCUUCCGCGCGUCUCCCUGCUGCAGAAGACUGUGGGGUCACCAAUCACAUGCCACGCCACAGGUUUUUACCCGAAGACGGCCGUCCUCUUCUGGAGGAAGGAUGGCGAGCAUCUGGAAGAGAAUGUGGAGAGUCACGACAUGUUACCCAACCACGACGGGACCUUCCAGACUAGCACUCAGCUUCUCGCGCAAGAUGAGGGCGCUCGCUACGAGUGCGUCUUCCAGCUGGACGGCGUCCCGGAGGACAUCGUCACCCCGCUGGACUUCGCCAAGGUGUUGACGCGAGAAAGGAGGAAGACAGAGGUGGCCAUCGCCGUCCCCUUGGUCCUCCUCUCUCUUGCUGCCGCUGUCGCACUCUUUGCCGUCAAGCGCAAACGAGGUGCCAGAUGUCAAGCCUGA